AUGUUGCGCAAGCACUUCCGUCCGACUCCGGUGCGUACAAUCCCCAGCGUCUCAUCGAAAGAAAAGCCAUCUGCCAACGUCAAGCGAGAGUACCACCUCGCUCUCAAGGUCAUUUACACCGACGCCACGUCCUUACCCCUAAUCGAUUUUAUCAAAGAGACCCUCGCGCCAAACUCGCUCGAGGACUUGUCUCUACUGCAUCGACGGAGCCCUAUGGGCUCUCUGUUAUCCAUGAAUGCUAUCUUCAAGGGAGCCAUCAAACCACACCAUAAGAGCCUGCGCAAUGUGCUUCUCAAUGCUUAUGGCUUGGGCUGGGCCCUGCCUACUAAAAUGUCAUUAUACCUCACCAGUGGCCGCAUGAAAAAUCUGGCCGCACUGUUUGUCACAAUGAAGUUCAAGGACUGGAUGUUGUCACAUCCAACAAUCAAUAUUACCGCGCUAUCCGAGCUGGACUUUGCCAACCAGAUCCUGGACGUCGUUUCGCUCCGUCCGGAGGUCGGACUGCGUUAUCUCGGCAUAGGCCUGAGCUGUUUCGAGAUUUUGGAGGCGCCAGCUACGCCAUUGGCCGGUCGCGGUGCGGGUUCAAGAGCGACUGAAUCGUCCCCGGCUUCGAGUUUUGAUGAUUCGGACGAAGAAGAGUCGUCUAACGAGGAGUUUGAUGACGAAGAGGACGGCCAGCAUCCGGUGUUCGUGAAUGCUGCUAAUUCGUGGGAGGGUGAGGAUGAUGAAGAUGCGGAGACGGAUAUUGAUGAUGAUGACAAUGAUGAGGAUUAUGAGGAUGAUGAUGAGGAUGAUGAUGAGGACGACGGGUUUGUUGAGCCGGGAAGCGAAAGCGUCAAGUUUGAGUUGAGGAAGGUCGACUUUUGUAGGGUUGACACCGAUAUCAUCAACUGA